GGCAACCGGAAGUGCAGAAAGUUGCACCGAAUGGCUAACUUCAGACCACGGCGCGUAGAAAAUAAAUUUCUAUAGUCCGUAGCGCGAGAGUCGCUCUUCUGCAGUGCGUUCUGCUAGGCGCAUGUAAACAGCUGUGCAUAAAUCCUCGCAGUGUACGCGUACUUGUUGCUCAAACCCCUUCUCGUGCUGCUAAUAGUUGUAAUAGUGUAGUGUUGUAAAAUGUGCGAACAAAAGCAGGGAUUCCAGCAGUUGUGGGUGUAUGGGAGAUGCUGCUGUUUUGUGAAUUGCCAAGUUGUAAAAUGUGUGCUGCAGCAGUCGAGCUCAUUGUUUCAGAUGUUCUGGACCAUCGCUGUACUUAUUCUCUUGUACAGAAGCUAUUGCACACUUGAACAAAACUGGCGAUUGAACAGUCUGCCUUUCACACAAAGCUCCAAAAUCAAGAUGUUAGGUUAGGAUGCAUUUAAUAUUUGCAACGGUUGAGGUGAUGACUGAGAAGAGUUUAUCGAUUAUGUUGUGACUGCCAAAGUUUCAUUAGACGCUGGUGCAACCUGAUGCCAUCCCUGGUGUCACAGAGACUUCAUGCGAGACCAGAAUCCAGAAAAAAACAACGUUGGAUUAGUCAUUCAUCAGUCAAGCGUAUGAUACAUUCAUGUAUGCACCUACCCUAUCUGACUCUGUUGAAAAAAUUUGGUCUGGAAAUCCAAUUAUUAUACGCAUAAAAUGGUUCACCACUGCCUUGAAUCGCUCAUUAAUGAGAUGGGGCAUGAGUUGUUCAAAAUUCUGGUCACUGUGGUACAAUGCAGGAAUAGUCUCAACAAUUCUACUGUUUCCAAUAUCGAUAGUAGUCAUUUUAAAAGUGACACUUAACAUUUGGCUGUACAAUUCAGCAUCGCCAAAUGAAAAGAAAGAACUAGUAUUGGAACUUAUGGUUCCAGGAGUUGACAUUCCUUACAAUGAGAUGGGAUACUACGUGCUCUCAUUAAUAUUAUGCAGUGCUGUGCAUGAGAUGGGACGUGAUAUGGCAGCAGUUAGAGAAGAUAUUAUGAAUACAAUUUAUUAUUACACAUAAUAAACAUAAAAAAUCCACUGUAUACUCAAUGCUUGUAAUAGCGUUGACGGUUUCUUUUUACUUCCCGUGCAGCAUCUAAAAAAUAAAUUCCAUUAUAAUUAACAUAUUAUGUUCGGACCCUAUUGGAAGGACGAUUGAAGUCGAUUAGAUCACUUAUCGACUUGAAUAGUAAUUCUUAGCGCACGAGAUAAAUCAAUAUUAUUAUUUAUGAACCUACUCCAAUCUAAAACGAUUCCUCCUUACUUGCGGAAAUAAUCCCCAUAAGAAUUUUCACUUGCGGAUUUCCCGUUUUCCAUUUACCAAGAAAAUAAAAUCGCGGCGCUAAAUUUGUAUUUUCCUAUAACUAUACAAAAAAUCGUUAAUAUUAAUAUUUUUUACACGAAUCGAUUUCUCCUCAUUUGCGGAUUAUGUAGAAAUUAUCAUUAUAUGGAUUACCUGUCAGAAUAAAUCAAAAAUAAUGUUAUAAAUUUUCACUCUUUCCGAGUGUAUCUCCGCGGCCGAUAUCGCGUACGCGAAAUAAAAUUUAGCGUGCGUGAAACUUUUGUAGCGUAUGCGAAAUCAACAAACAAAUUUUCUAGAAAGUUUUUGCAUCGCUACUGAUUAACUUUUCUACCUGACUAUAACUAAAGAAGGGGUUUGAGCAACAAGUACGCGUACACUGCGAGGAUUUAUGCACAGCUGUUUACAUGCGCCUAGCAGAACGCACUGCAGAAGAGUGACUCUCGCGCUACGGACUAUAGAAAUUUAUUUUCUACGCGACGUGGUCUGAAGUUAACCAUUCGGUGCAACUUUCUGCACUUGCGGUUGCCAUCCCUGCUUGGGGAGCGUGAUGCUGUCCCGACGGACAAGACUGCUUGAUUCACCGCGAGGCGGCGUGACCUACGAGCUGCUCAGCUGUACUGGCACGCGCUGCCGCCAUGUUUCCGACCACAUUCCAUGCGGCGGAAGAAUCACCUCGUGGGGCCGUGAUUGUAUCAGAAAGCGGCGUGAUCGACGACGCGGUUUUGUUUAGUGCUGUCAAAAAUUACGCUGACGUUGUUCCUGAGUAUACGUGCUUUAUAUUAUAUAGUUUAUAAUGGAUGAUGAAGUGAAACAGCUUUUGGAGAUGUGGAAUCUACCAAAUCUUUUGUACUACUUUCACAGUAAGUAUGAGUAAGUAUGAGUGAUUUAUGAGGUUAAGAGUUAUCGUUUUGGCUACAAAGUUUUUUAUUUGCGUAUCUUAACUUAUAUUUUGCAGUUAGUAAUGUAAAUAUUGAUAAGUUUAAUAAGUUAACUGACGAAGAAGUAGAUGACAUUAUAGUUCAAGAUGGCAGUAAAAGAACUUUUAAAUUAUACUAUAACGUUUACAAAAGUAUGAAACUAAAUGAUUCGACUGAAGACUUAGAGAUUCCGUCCCGUAACAAUAAUUCAUCCUCCGGAAAUUCACCAGAUGAUAUCUUGGCUGAUAAUCCGGAAAGUAUUAUUUUAAUUGACUGUCAAGAUAAGACAACUGUUGAUAGUGAAGUCUCUGUUAGUUAUACCGAUCAAGAACCUACAAGUGGCGAACCACAAUCAGCUGAUUCAUUUGCUUCUCGAAAUUAUGCAAUAAUUGCCAAGGAAUUCGAUAUAAUAGAGAAAGAAUUUAGUCAA